AGCCAAUGGCGGGCGUGCCCGCGCCCCGGCGCGCUGAGGGCACGCGGUGCGCGCUUCCGCCCGCGGCGGCGGCCGGAAGGUGAUGUGGCGGAGCGCGGCGCGAUGUCUGCCAUCUUCAAUUUCCAGAGCCUGCUGACUGUGAUCCUGCUGCUCAUAUGUACCUGUGCCUACAUCAGGUCCUUGGCUCCCAGCCUACUGGACAAAAAUAAAACAGGACUGUUGGGGAUAUUCUGGAAAUGCGCCAGGAUUGGUGAGAGGAAGAGCCCCUACGUGGCCGUGUGCUGUGUGGUGAUGGCCUUCAGCAUCCUGUUCAUGCAGUAGCAGCUGGAGAGUGUCCCCGGGUGCCCAACAGCAGAUCUCGUGUCAGGAAAGGAUGGGAAGCCUCACCAAGUCUCCUCCCUCACAAUGGACAACCUGUCUCCUGCUGGACACCCCUGCAGAUGGACCAGCAUUAGUGACCACAGCCAGAUGAGAUGUGCUUGUUAAUGCCAGGUCAGCACUGACACUCCUGCUGUAGCUCAUGGAAGGGUGUCUGCUGCAUGUCUGAGUUUCAGGGGAGCUCUUUUUUUUUCCCACACCAUGCCAUUGGAAAAGCUUGCUGUUUUUAAUUCUUUAAAAUUUCUGUUGAAUGAAACCUUAAAAUGGUAAAUCAGCCACAGCAAUAAGACCACUUUGAAGAAUAAAGAGCGUUUUGACUCUAGGGGAUGUUUAUUCAAAGUAUUGCUGCCUGAACAAUUCCUCUUGAUUUGUAAAUGAUGGCUCCACUCUCAUCCUAAAAAUACAACCUCUGUCUGACCUAAGUUACAGUCAACUAUUUGUUUCCAAAGUUGUAAUUUCUCAAAUAAUCUAUUGAUAUUUUUGUUGUUAAGAUGUGAAAUAAAGGCAGGGACCAUAA